GGUUGGAAGGUAAAGGAAUUCACCAUGUGGACUCUUGUGGUUCUUUGCAGCGUGAUUGCCUCACUUGGAGUACAAGGUGCUGAUCAGCUCCAAAAAAGUGAGGAAAAGAAUCUGGCAACAGGUUCUCCAGAUUCCUGCCUAAACAGCUGUGGCAACCAUGUUGGAAACUGCUCUUGCUCUUCAAGCUGUGGAACCAAUGGGGACUGCUGUCCAGACUAUUAUGAUUACUGCUCUUCUACAGCUAAACUAGCAGCAUAUACAGCUCGGCCCUCAUGUCGUUACAACUGCGGCUGGAACAUGGGAACCUGUUCCUGCGCAAGCUCUUGUCAAUACUAUGGCAACUGUUGCUAUGACUACAACUAUUACUGCCCUGCAAGCACUACCCAGGACCCUUACGUGACACCUCGGCCCUCGUGUCGUAACAACUGUGGCAAUUACAUGGGAAGCUGCUCCUGCUCAAGCUCUUGUCAAAACUAUGGAAACUGCUGCUACGACUAUUACUCCACCUGCCGGCCAACUACAGUAGCACCUACACAGACCCCAACAGCUCGGCCCUCGUGUCGUUACAACUGUGGCCAACACAUGGGAAGCUGCUCCUGCUCAAGCUCUUGUCAAUACUAUGGAAACUGCUGCUACGACUAUUACUCCACCUGCCCGCAAACUACAGCCGCACCUACCCCAACAGGUCGGCAAUCAUGUCGUAACUACUGUGGCUACUACCUGACAACCUGCUCCUGCACAACCUCUUGUCGAGGCCAAGGAAACUGUUGUUAUGAUUACAACUCACAAUGCCUUGCAUCUGGCACAACACCCUCAGCUCAACCCUCCUGUCGUUACAACUGUGGCCGACACAUGGGAAGCUGCUCCUGCUCAAGCUCUUGUCAAUACAAUGGAAACUGCUGCAAUGACUACUAUUCAUACUGCUACAUGACUCCAACUGUCACACCCACACCAGCUCAACCCUCCUGUCGUUACAACUGCGGCCGACACAUGGGAAGCUGCUCCUGCUCAAGCUCUUGUCAAUACAAUGGAAACUGUUGUAAUGACUACUACUCCUACUGCCAAGUCACAACUGACAUGCCAGCUACAGCAUCGCCCUGUGGAGGCUCUCUGUCCGGCUCUGGUUCCGUCUCCAGCCCGAACCAUCCCAACAACUACCACGAUAACGCCAACUGUGUGUGGCAGCUCAUUGCUGCACACGACCAACGAAUCUUCCUGUCUUUCGACUACCUGCAAUUGGAGAACUGCUGCGACUGUGACUAUAUUAACGUCUACGAUGGGCCGUCUGUUAACUCAAGAUUUCUGGGUAAAGUGUGCAACGACAGUCGACAACAGAGUACUUUAAGUUUCUACUCCACCUCCAACUACAUGACGGUGCUCUUCCGGACUGAUGGCUCUGUGGUUGGCCGAGGGUUCAAUGCUGACUUCAUUAGCUCUCUGCCAGAAAGCUCAGCAUCGCCCUGUGGAGGCUCUCUGUCCGGCUCUGGUUCCGUCUCCAGCCCGAACCAUCCCAACAACUACCACGAUAACGCCAACUGUGUGUGGCAGCUCAGUGCUGCACACGACCAACGAAUCUUCCUGUCUUUCGACUACCUGCAAUUGGAGAACUGCUGCGACUGUGACUAUAUUAACGUCUACGAUGGGCCGUCUGUUAACUCAAGAUUUCUGGGUAAAGUGUGCAGCGACAGUCGACAACAGAGUACUUUAAGUUUCUACUCCACCUCCAACUACAUGACGGUGCUCUUCCGGACUGAUGGCUCUGUGGUUGGCCAAGGGUUCAAUGCUGACUUCAUUAGCUCUCUGCCAGAAAGCUCAGCAUCGCCCUGUGGAGGCUCUCUGUAUGGCUCUGGUUCCUUCUCCAGCCCGAACCAUCCCAACAACUACCACGAUAACGCCAACUGUGUGUGGCAGCUCAGUGCUGCACACGACCAACGAAUCUUCCUGUCUUUCGACUACCUGCAAUUGGAGAACUGCUGCGACUGUGACUAUAUUAACGUCUACGAUGGGCCGUCUGUUAACUCAAGAUUUCUGGGUAAAGUGUGCAACGACAGUCGACAACAGAGUACUUUCUACUCCACCUCCAACUACAUGACGGUGGUCUUCCGGACUGAUGGCUCUGUUGUUGGCCGAGGGUUCAAUGCUGACUUCAUUAGCUCUCUGCCAGAAAGCUCAGGUCGAGUGGACUGUUCCUCAGACAACAUGAACAUUGUGAUCGAGAGGAGUUACCUCAACUCUCUCGGCUACGACGGCCAUAGUUUGUAUCUGAAUGACCAGUACUGCAGACCCCAGGUUUCCAGUUACCAGGUGGUCUUCAACUUCCCCAUUAACACCUGUGGCAAUGUUCGAAAGUUUGAGAAUGGCAGAAUUGUGUACACCAACUCUCUCCGAGCCUACGCCUCCACCUCUGGCGAGAUCACUCGCCAGUCUCACUUUAAGAUGAACGUGGGCUGUCGGAUGGAGCCGGAUUCAGUGUCCCAGAUCAUGUACGUUGUCCGUCACAAUGAUAACAGCAGCAUUACUGGAACAGGCAGAUUCAAUACCAGCAUGGCGUUCUACACAUCCAAUAACUUCUACUAUCAGGUGACUGAGGUUCCAUACAUGGUGACGCUUAACCAGUACAUGUAUGUCCAAGUGGACCUGAGGAGGGGGGACAGCUCCCUGGUCCUCUAUCUGGACACCUGUGUGACCUCACCAUCGCCCCAUGAUUUGCAGAACAGAUCUUACUACCUGGUCCGCAACGGCUGUCCUGUGGAUAACACCUACUAUGCCUACGUCAGUGGCACCCGUCCCUAUGCCCGCUUCAGAUUUCAGGCCUUCCAAUUCCUGCGAGCCACAGAGUCGUUGUACAUCCAGUGCAAGGUCCUGAUAUGCCCCGCCUCUGACAACAAUUCCCGCUGCCGCCGUGGAUGCUACAACCGUGCCGCCAGAGAUGUGGGGUCAAAACACGACAGCCAAACUCUGGUCCUGGGUCCCAUCCAAUUCAAAGAACCUGAGAAACAGGAGGAAGAGACUCCUAAGCAGGAGAAGGCCUAACUUGAUUCUGCGGCUUCAAUCAUCUUCACUGUUCUUUCUGUUCAUUGUGACAAUGAAUCAUACUCAGCACUUCUUUCCUUUCUUCAUUAACUGAUUAAAAGCAUCAUCAAAAGACAA